UGCGUCAUUCUGACAGAAAAACUAAGAUGGCAGCGGGUCCGAAGUGGGGCUCGUUGCCUAGCGUACUAAUUGUGGACAUACUGUCGUACCUUUCGCAUGAAGACCGUUUAAAAGCGUCUUCUAUUAACAAGAGAUGGAGGAACUGUCUCUUCCACCCAUCUUUAUGGAACAACAUAAAGUUUCAACUCGGAUUUUCGAAGCGACACAGGUCGAGAUUUUUAGCAGACAGAUGUGGCCGUUUUGUAAGACAAGCAGUGAUCAAAUUUAAUGCACACAGUUGUACUGAAGUGAGGGAAUGCUCAAGAAUCAUUUCUAUUUUGGGUUCAAACAAGAAUCUACAGCAUUUUGCAUUAUUUCCUUCAAGUUGUCACAUCGAAUGGCCAGAUACGAAUUUCGUACAGAGGUUUUUAAAUGGUAUUGAGAGCAUCAUUCAGACAAGCAGAAGACUGAAGCAUUUCUCUUUGGGUUGUGUUGAAGAGCUCUUGGAACAUUCCAAUCGUCUGUUGAAAUUGUUAUCCAAACACCACUCACAGUCUCUGAAACAUCUAUUCCUAGCCAGUGUCAAAGAAGACAGUGAGAAUUAUGGAAUCAUAUGGUUGACCCCAGAUGAUCUUCAGCCAUUCCAUCAGUUGAGUCACCUCAGUAUAGAUUAUGACUACCUUACAAAUAGUGUUCUUGAGUCUUUUGUUGACAGAAGUCGUGCAAAGUUGGAAAAACUGGUUAUACAUAUCCAUGGUAUAGAGAGUACACACGAGAAAAUUUCAAAUGCAUCAUGGCAGAUGAUAACAGCUCACAACCCCUCUCUGGCUGUGACCAUCAAUCUUGUACAUUCCUUCGAUGGCGUUGAGUCACUGCUCGAUAUCCUGCAACCAAACCUGCCCCUCACUCACUUCAGGCAGUUUUUCUGCAACAACUUGAACACAGCAGCAAUUAAUUAUAUGUCCACACACUACAGGAACAGCCUGCGGGUAGUGUACAUUUUGGACGGCCUGAUGGAUGGUUACCCUGUGCCCUACUUCAGUCAUACAGAGGAGGACCCAUUUGUGAUGCUAGCUUGGAGAUGUACAAAGCUUCAGGACUUCUCUCUGAUUGGUUAUGAAAUCUCAGAUGAUGAUGUCAUAGCCAUUGCCAGGCUUAGAGGACACAAUUUGAGGACCUACAGUGUUCCUCACUGUUGUAUCUGUACUGUGGAGGAGGAGGACCACAUAGCCUGGGUCAGUCAUGGCUGCUAUGCUCAAGAUUUUCCACAAAAGGUGUCAGAGAAUCUGAAGUGGGAGUGGACUCCAAUUGAGGAUGAUGAGCUCCCUUUGGCUGUGUUUGACAUUUCAGCAGAUGCUGAGAGAGCCUACAUGAGCACCCUCCUUUCAGACCAACAGGUGUAACUGAAGAAUCGGGCCAUUCCAACAAAUCAGGUCUCUUCAACAGGUUGAGAUAAAAAUCAGGUCACCUUGACAUAUUUUAAGAGAAGUGUAUAAGUAGAUAAAUCAUUUAAAAUGAUAAUAAUUUUUUUAAAAAAAAGAGCAAAAAAAGGGAUUGAUCCACUGAAGUGGAAGUUACCAAAAUAUUGUAUUCAGUUAUGAAAGUCUUUCAGGUGGUUUUAUUUAUUUAUUUUUUGUUUGCCUAUUUUGGUAUAUAAAUAGAACUUGUUACCCUAUGAGAUCUUCAAAGUUUACAACACAGUAUAUGUUUGUUUCUAUUGGCCCUCUUUUAAACUUAUAUGUAAAUUGUAUUAUGUGAAAUGUAGCAAAGUUGUAAAUAAUUUAAGUUUGCUGUGCUUUUUGUUCAAAUUCUGAUAUUUUUCAUAGAUGUCAGUGUUCCUGUUUUUAUGCAGAGAACAUUUACUGACAUGAGUGGUACAUCGUUACUUUGUUAUAUAAAUUGAUGAUUGAAACACCGGUUACAAAACAGCAAAAUACCUUUUUGUAUUAUAUUUCUGACAGUAUAAAGGCCCCAAAAGCGCUUCUGUGUUCAUCUUAUUUAAUUUAAAGAAGUGUUUUUUAAUCAGUUUCAAAAUGUAAAGUAAACUACAGUUAAACUUCGUUAUCUCGAAGUUGAGGGGACCGUUGAUGAACUUCGAGAUAUCCGGGGGUUCGACAUAUCGAGGGUUAUAAUUCAAAUGAACUUCAAAUAAACUUAGUGCAGUGAACAUGUACUUAAUUGUAAAAACAUGUAAAAAUCCUUCUUGUUUGAAAUUCUGUAUAAGAUUUUUUAAAUAUACAUGUACAUGUAUUUAGCAAUCAAAAAAUUUUACAUCCUCUUUAUAAUUCACAAAAUAAAAACUUUGUAUAAUAUGCACAGAAGUAUAAUCCAACGCGGAAAGUCAACCGCUAGCAUCGUUUCCCAUGUAUACCUAACCGGAUAUCGUCUAUGCAUUGUAAAUUUAAAACCGGUCGCUGUCAGAAUAACGAAAACGAAAUAUACAUCUUCUUUUAUUGGAAAAACAUGUUCAUACAUGUAAAAUCAGUUAAAAGAAAAUUUUUUUACCAUAAUAAAAUCGAAUGCAAAAGAAGAAUCACGCAUUUUUGUCUAACAACAGAACAACACUGAAUCACAGGGCACUACAGCACAAGUUUUCACUGCGACACACGCUCACAUGAUGGUGUGUACUGACGAUUGUAAAUUCUGCACGCUCAUAUGGGGAAAAUAAAUUCUAACUGCAUUAAAUUACAGAAUUUUGUUUACUUCGAUGGUUAUAAUUUUCACUUUCAAAUGCAUAAACUAUGUAUGCGCGCAUAAUUCACAUAGCAUUAAAUAGCGAUUAUCAAGAUAAACGUACUCAAGCCACAAAACAAUGAACGUGUCAUCCACGCGUAUGCAUUAGACUAAUACACACAAACUUUUGCUUGCAUAAUUACGAUCAAUGUAAGCCAUACAUACACUUCGUAUAAUUAUCGCGCUAUUAUCUGUUGAUCACAGGAACACAGGUAACCCGAGCGUGACAGACAGGUGGGUGUUAUCAAUAGAGCAUUCAGUUUACCUAACGGACUUGCUCAUCGGAGCGGAAAAUUAUCCUGACUUCGAGAUAACGCAUGUGAUUUUAAU